AUGGCCGACGGUAACAGGAACCAUGGCCGCGAUCGCCGCGGCGGAGAAGAAGAAGAAAUAGACGGGGAGAUGUGGGCGAAUUUCAGCGGGACAUUUCGGAAAGUGCAGACGGUGCUGGACAGGAACAGGUCGUUGAUUCAGCAGGUGAACGACAAUCACCAGUCUCGAAUCCCCGACAACAUGGCCAAGAACGUGCCGUUGAUCCAGGAGAUCAACCACAACAUCUCCACGGUUUCGUCCCUCUACUCCGACCUCUCCUCCAACUUCGUCUCCUCUUACCAUCACCGGAACGGCAAGGAUGCUGACGGCCGCCGUGACGGAGGCAACAAGGCCUGA